GUUUUUCAUCAUCCAUGUUAGUCAUCUAGAAGAAGGUUUCAUACUGUGUCUUUGCAGACUGUUUUUGAUCAUUCUAUUGUGUCCUUGAUAGAAGGAUUAUAUGAGAAAAAGAUCUCUUUUCUAUUUUCAUUUUAUUUUAUUUUGUUUUUCCUUUUGUUUCUAAGGCAGUCAGGGUAAUGUUACCUGAUAAAAGUCAACCUCUGAAAUUCUGUAGGGCAUUUCCUUUCAAAUUCUGAAUUUGGGAAGCUCCAGAAAAGAUGCCUCCCAAAAUCUUUUUCUUUUAAAUGUGGUCCUCUACUGUUCUUGAAUCCUGGUAUUUUAGGUGCACUAGAGAGAUACAGGUUCUACUUCUGCAGAAGGGGGUUUUUUUUUUUUGAACCGUGUUCUUCCAGAGAACAAUUAAAUAAGAAAAAGUAGCUUGAAGUGACUUUAUACCUUACAAAACUGGAUUCUUUUUGAAUUACUUUCAAGAUUUUAAAGUAGGCAUGUUUUCCUUUAAUACAGUGUGUUUGGCAUUGACCCCUCAACAAAACCCUCUGAAAGUUCCUACUCUAAUCGCUGCAACAAAAAUAAUUGCAAAGGGAAGUUCCCACUUUCCAGAUCAUUUGCUAGAUUUUAAGUAAUGCGUUCCUUGCUCUUGUUGUUUGUGAAUGAUGUGGCCUUGAGCAUUUUAGGGUCAUCAUGUUUAGGUUGUGAUGUCUCUUUCAUUCCAUUUGGGGUUUUAUUUGUCAUCAAGAACCCCUGGUUUUAUUAUUCUGUCUACAAGCUGUGAAUUGGCUUCUAUGCAGGUGCAGUUGCCAGUGGCAAUAGGCAAAUAGCCAAGGUACAAGAAGUGCUUGCACAAAAAUUUUACAGUUUCAAUGGAUACUAACUCAGCCAAGCUGUUGUUGGUAGAUUGCCACUAGUACUCAAUAUUCAAUACCAUUCUGAGUCUUAUGGAAAUGAACAUUGGUCAUAUUGGCCUAUUGUUCAAAACGUGGGUGAAACUGAUAAAUCAAUUCUCUUUGGCCUUAUCAUCCCUAAAGAAGGGUGAUCUUUGGUCAUAUAGAUAUAAGAAAUUUCUCCUUUUUUACAGUAAUGAAAAUACGUUAUGUCG